UGACGCGUGCGACACACGAAAAACCUCCGAAAUAUCACGUGAUUCACGACACCCAUCGUCAGGUUAAUUGAAUAUUUGCGUCUUCAACUUCGAUAUCGCUGUUGCUCAGAGCAGAUGCAGAAAGGGCGAUGUUUCCGACCCCAUCGACUUCACAUGUCGAUUACGACCAGGUCUACGAGCCAUCAGAAGACAGCUUUCUCUUCCUAGAUCUGCUGCAAGAAGAGCGGUCGUUCAUCCAGGAACGGUUUUCAGAUUCGUCGAAACUGGGGAUUCCCACUGUCCUAGAGCUAGGACUCGGCAGUGGAAUUAUCACGACGUUUUUCCACAACUACAUUCUGCCUCAGGCACUGUUUCUAGGCACAGACGUCAAUCCCCAUGCGUGCAAGACCGCGCUUGAAACAUCGCGGGCGAAUAACGGAACAAGAUACUUUGAUGUCCUGCGCACCAAUAUCUGGGACGGACUGAGGCCCAAUACUGUGGACGUCUUACUGUUCAACCCGCCUUAUGUCCCUGCUGAUAAUCUUGGAUCAUAUGAGUCUUCGAUAAAGUCGGAUGACUGGCUUGAUUUUGCUUUGUUAGGCGGCGAGGACGGCAUGCAAGUCACAAAGAUUGUUCUCGACCAACUAGACUUUGUAAUGAGAGAUCGCGGAGUGGCGUAUAUCUUGUUUUGCUUUAGAAACAAACCCGAGGAGGUAGCCAAGGCAAUGACUGAUCGUGGCUGGUCUGUCAAAAAAAUUGGCGAGAGAAAAAUCAGAUGGGAGAUAUUGAGCAUUUGGAGAUUUAGCAGAUAGAGUAGACAUGUACGAUUAUUUUUGGCAUCGGAUCACGGCGUUU